UCUAAGUAAGAGCUUUGGGAGCUAAAAUAGGAAGUGCAGACUUCCUAUUUUACAGGCAGUUACACAGACUUUCCUUGAAAAGGCGUGGUCUGCUUCUUUGAAAGUGGCAUUUGAGGUGCAUAGAAGAUAACAGCAGUUAUUUUGAAGACUUGCUUGCCAAGAAAAUCCUGUGGUCGGUUUAUACCUUCUGUCUCCAGUUCUGGGGAAGUGUGGUUUUGCUGGUUUCUGCAUCAGAGGAUUCUGAUGCUGUGGCAGGAGGCUGGACAGAGAGUCACCUAUCAGGUUGAAUCAUCUGCUCACAGACAGGUCUGCAUCCAGGUUAGGAUUGUUUCUUGUUGCUACUCAGCUGAAAGAAUCCCUGCAAUUCCGUGGAAAUGUGCAUUUACUUCUUCAUUCUUUGCUCAUAUUGCAAGCUCACACAAUAAGAAGACAUUGUAGGAUUUUGUCCUGCAAUAAAUACUUGGUAGAAGUUCUUUCUGAAUGUCACUCCAACAUGAAGUCUAAAGAAGUUCCCUAAUUCAGUUUUACUUCUCUUUAUGUGAAAUGAAAACAAGAAGCUCCACAAUACGCAGAGCAAGAGAGUAGCCAGUGGGCAAUGAAAACAAUUAUCUUCUGAAUCAGGAUCAAGCUUGUGCGCAAAGGACAGUAUGAACAUGAAAGAGAUUUUCAUCCUUCUGCUGAAUCUGUAUUUGGUCUUCAGUGUCCAAGCCAUUCCAGAGAGUAUCCCUAUGAAGAGCUUGACCUGCUACAAUGACUACAACUCACAGGUGACCUGUACAUGGAGAGAGCAUUCAGAGGCUCAUGCCCUCAUUGGUAUGAUUCUUUACCAAAGGGAUAAUAUUACAAUGAAGAACAAGAAGAUGCUUUGUAAACACCAGACAGAAAAUGACUUACAUGAGGCUCCAGACUCCGAUGUGCACUGGGUUUGUCACACCACCACAGACAAUUUUGGAAUAGGGGUAGAUGACGUUUACAGCUUCAAACCUAACAUGAUGCUUCAAGCAGAACUAAAUGUUGAUCUUUUCCAAAAUGUUCAGACCCUCCCACCUCAAAACCUCUCAGUCAGCUUGAUGGGAUCAGGAGACUUCUUGCUGACCUGGGAAGCAGCUGAUGGAAGCCAAGGGCUGGGCAAUGCCCUGGAGUAUGAAGUCACUUACAAGCGGGAGUGGGAGUCAUGGGAGAAAGCUGCCUCACUCUUGUUCUCCAACACCACACGUUGCCAUCUCAGCCGCGAGGACCUUGUCCCAGGGAGCAGCUACGUUGCCCGUGUGCGAGCCAGACCGGGGUGGGCCAGUGGCUUCUCCGGGCAGUACAGCGAGUGGAGCACAGAGGCAUCGUGGGAGACCCCUGAAGGUGGCCUUCAGCCCAGGAACCUUUGCUGCCUCUUCAAUGGUGCAGACCGUUUGACGUGCAGCUGGGAAGUGAAGAAAGCAAUUACGACCUCUGUCCUCUUUGGCUUGUUCUUCAGGGCCACUCCAUCAUCAGCAGAAGAGGAGUGCUCUCCUGUGCUCGAGAAGGCUUUGCCCCAUGUCCUGUAUGUAGUCCAGAGCUGUGAGAUCCCGGUCAGCAACUUCAGCAGUCAGAGCCAGUACCAUGUGUCUGUCCGGGCCAAGACAGAGGAGAAACUGAUUGAAGCCUACAAGAACAUUAAGGUGCUGCCGCCUGCAAAUGUGUCAGUAACGCUGACAGGGAACCAAGAGUAUGAACUGAGGUGGAUAAAACACACUUUGGUAUAUAGCUUCAUACAACAGAGAUACGAAGUCGAGUACUGGAAAACCCACCAAUAUAAAAAGACUCUCCAGAAGUUAAAUAUCAACAAUGAUGAACCUCCCUUCAUCUUCACCCUGCAGAUGCUGGCACCAUCUACAGAAUAUAGGGGGAAAAUGCGUGCAAGGGUGAACAUGCCUCAUUAUGAUGGGCCUUGGAGUGAAUGGAGUGAGGAGUUCACCUGGAAAACUGAGAAUGUUCUGCCACCAGUGGUUCUCCCAGUGAUGCUCCCAGUUCUCAUCAUCACUUUGCUAAUAGUUGGUUAUUGCAGCUAUAAGUAUUUCCUCAGGAAGAAGAAAAUGUGGGAGGCAAAGAUUCCGAACCCCGGCAAGAGUCUCCUGAUCCAGAGCUACCUGGGGAAAGUACCCUUAGGAAACCGGCCAACAAGCAGCCAGCUGGACUUCAACAAAUACAACCUUUCCGAGAAGAUGGAGCAGGCUAGCUUCCUUCAAGUUGUGGACAGGCAGACGAAGACUUUGGCAGAGUCCCCCGAAGGGCAGGCUAAGACGACAGAUGUUUCCCCUGUUGCACUGGACCUACAGAACUCCUACCAUGCUUUAAAUGAGCCAGAGCACGCCCCAGUUGCCUGCUCACGUCAGAUUGCUGGUCAUUCCUUUCCUGUUUUGAGGAGAAACAGUGCUGAUGCAAGUGUUGCUUCCCAGACAGCAAUCCCUUGCUUUGCUUUCAAUGGUCCAUACUUGUACAGCCCAGUGGCAUCCUCCCAGCCUGAAAUGCAUCCGACCCUGGGAGUGGACCCUGUGGGAGUCCGGGAGAAAUCAGUUUCCCUUCAGUAUGUGACCCUCCCAAAGGAAGACUGUCCCCAGGUUCCACAAAGGCAAGAACAGCCAGGAGCAGGUCCUGCACAGCCCUUCCAGCUCCCAGGUCAGAAGGAAAUGAUGCAGCACCUUGACGAUGAGGAAGAAGUCUCACCAGCCCCACCAGCCUGUGGGAAAGGCUCGAACGUGAGAACAGAAGAGCAGAAAUCUCCAAAGGCUCUUAGCUGUAUCACGUCUCCUCAGCAGUGCCCCUUGGAGUACAUCACCACAGAGAGCCUGUUACUGCCAUCAGCCGGCGACUCCAACCAUCCACCACUUGUCACUGCUGGGGGGUUACCUUGUGACUCACAGGAGCCGCAGCCCCCCAGUGACCACUCUUGCCAUGAGUUUUCUCCUGGGAAAACUGGUGUCAUGGUCCCAGUUUCAGGUCAAGCACCGGCCUCCUCUCCUGAAUUGCACCUGAAUACAUUUGGAGACUAUCUUACUGUCCCUUUAGGUCUCCAUGGACAUUCAGAACCCACAAAAAUUUCUUUGCCUGUCUUACAGAAGGGAAACGAUCUUCCUAGAAAGCAGCCUUUGUCAGAGGGUAACUUGGUGGUCUUAAACCCUGACAGCACUGAGCCAGUUUUCCUUUGCCAGGUUGGUGACUAUUGCUUCCACAGCCUAAAAUCCAGUGUGAAGAUGGAUAAUAGUCAGGAAGACCACCAAGUCAAGAAACCUUCUGAAGGCAAGACAACACCUGGGAAGCCUGUAUCUGAUGAUGAAUCCAUCACUGGGAAGGAAAAAGAUGUAUCAAAAAUGCAGGCUAUUCAGCUUUUCAAAAACCUGAAAUCAGAUGAUUACUUUUCCUGGCAGCAAUCUUUGAGGAUCACAGAAAUCUGUUAAAUGGGCAAAUAUUAAUGAGUACGAAAGCUACAGGUAACUGAAAGAGGUUGCAACUAUCUGAUGAAAAUGAACCCUCAAACCUAGGAACAAAUAAAUGCCAGUUCCCUUUUCCAGAUUUUAGUCCACGGUGUUGAAAGACUUGAAGUAGCUCAAUAUCCUUCUCAAUGGCCUUCACAGAUUUGGCAAGAAAGACAAUCCAAAUAUUGCCCUUUGGUGUUUUUCAAACUUUUUGGCUUAUCCACAAUGAACAGUUUAGCCUCCUCAUGAUCCUGUGACAGACCACAGUCAUCUUUGUCAUUAUACAAGAUUGCCUGAGGCAAAACUCAUGGUAGGAAAUGCAGACUUAACAGCAUGAAAUGCUAUCAGAAGAAGACACGCUUGGAAACCUUAGAAAGAAAACUUAUAUUCUUAAAAGCAAUUCUGUUGAACUUUUGUGUGUGUGUAAAAUAGAUCUAAGAGUUGCCAAGGAGCUUUCAUAUCUCUACCUUUCCACUACUGGCAUGAAAUAGGUAUUGUCUAAGGUCAAAAAAACCCAGACAGUAAUAAAGUGUAAAAAAAAAUGAGAAAAAAUUGUUGAAGUCCAGAAAGACUUAAUGUUAAGGUGCAGUGUAUCACAGUGCAUCCUAAGGGUAGGAAGGAAGCAUUACUGGGAUACAUGAAGUAGGCUGUAGAGAACCAUGGGGAAGAACAUACAUUCCUGAAAGAAAACCCAAGGACUUAUAAGGUGCAGUGAGAGGAAGGGAGUGGGGCAGGUAACAGAAAAUGAGAGGCAGGAAAUGUUGUGAAGGUGCACAAGCCUGUAUCUGCUGGUGUUUUUCUAUUUCUAAGUGUUAAAAUACUGUAUGAUUUUCUUUUAAGUUCAUUGGCUGUUUAUGCAUGAUAUAAUUUAUCUUAACUAUGUAAUUUAUUCUUAGCUUUUUUUUUCUGACUAAUAAGCUGUGUUGAGAAAGAGAAGCCAUUUUUUUCCCAGUUCUGCUGUAAAGGAAGUGGUGCAAGGUAAGAGUAUUUGUUCAGAGCUGACACUCUGUGAUCAGUAAAAGGCUUUGGUUUCAGACCUGAAGGUGGGCUUGCAUUCCAAAAAAACAUGUUUCAUUUUUCAAAUAUAAAACUUGUACUAAUAAAAAGUAUUACUUCUUCCUAUAAA